UAAAGACUGACUUUUGGAUAAGCAGCUUUGUGUGUCAUUCUUUGAUCCCUGAUAUCAGUUUUCUCUGCUCGAACUUUCUUAAAAUACUUCAUUCAGUGUUCAACAGAAUAAAGAAACUCAUACAGGUUUAUAAGGGAAUCAAACUUAACACAAACAUCAUCUACAACAAUGUCUUCUGUAAAGUCAACAGCACGUGGCACCGUUAAAGAAAAGCCCGGAUUCAAUCCAAGUGAGGAUGCUGUUGCUUUAAGGAAAGCUAUAGAGGGCAUUGGGACCAAUGAGAAAAUUAUUAUUGACAUUUUGACUCAAAGAACCAAUGCCCAGUGUCAGCUGAUCUGUAAAGCAUAUGAGGAUGCAACAGGAAAGACUCUUCGCGGUGAUUUGGAAGGGGACACCCAUGGAGAUUUUAAAGAUAUUUUGGUGGCUCUAAUAACUCCUCCUGUUCAGUUUGACUGCCAGGAAUUUAAACGGGCAAUAAAAAGCUUUCCUACAAAUAAAAACAUUCUGAUAGAAAUGUUUGCAUCGCGCUCCAACAAUCAGAUCAAGGCUAUGAGUGACGCAUAUUUGGCAGAAACCAAAAGGUCUCUAAUUGACGACCUUAAAUCUGAAGUGUCAGGAGACUUUGAAAAGACCCUGGUGCUUCUCGCUGAGGGCAAGCGAGAUGAGAGUACAAACGUGGAUGCAACAAAAGCAAAACAAGAUGCCAAGAUCUUGUAUGAGGCUGGGGAGAAGAAAUGGGGAACAGAUGAAAGCAAAUUCAUCGACAUCCUGUGCAACAGAAGCGUUCCUCAGCUCAGGCAAACUCUGGAUGAAUAUAAGACUCUGAGUGGAAAGACCCUUCAGGAGAGCAUUGAAAGCGAGAUGUCUGGAAAACUGGAGGACAUUCUUGUGGCUAUAGUUAAAUGUGUGAAGAGUGUGCCAGCGUACCUUGCAGAGCGGCUGUAUAAAAGCAUGAAGGGUGCUGGUACCACUGAAUCAAGCCUAACUAGAAUCAUAGUGAGCCGAUCAGAAAUCGACCUGCAGGACAUCAAGGCAGAAUAUAAGAAACUGUUUGGCUGCUCUUUACAAUCUGCCCUUGAGUCUGAGACAUCAGGAGAUUUUCGCAAAACCCUGCUGAAGAUCUGUGGUGAAGAUGUCUGAGCUGAAUGUGCGUUUUCAUGUUCCUAUACUGUAACAUAAAGGACGUAGCAAUGCUCUGGAAGUACUAUAAUGUGAAGACCACAUGUCAAUGAAUGUUUAAAUGUUUAAUUAAACUUGUGGUCAAAUAAUAAUAAUAAUACAUCAGAAGACCUAAAUAUUAUUUAACUAAUCUAAAUAAUUAUCUAAAUAUUAUCUUUUGUAUAAUUAAUCAGAUCUUAUAAUCUAGAUUUUGCUUUUUCACAAUUUUGAUUAAAAUGUAUUUAUGCUUACAUUGCAAAAAUUAACAAAUUACAGUAACUGAAGAAUAAACUCUGAUCAUGAUGCCUGUUUGAGUUUUGAAAUAAUUUGUCAUCAAUGUGUAGUAUACCUUUGAUCCAGCAGGUGGAAGUGAACUACAUUUUAAGGGUAACAAAGUGGUCAACAAGAAUUAAACUCUAUUUAGAGAUUUUUAUAUUUUAUUUAAAUAUGCAGAUGAAAAUUAAAGCCAUAUUGAUAUUUUCUUCCAGCUGCUGAUUUUUAUCAAUUGAUACGACUCAAAAAUGAAACAGAUUUUCUUUCAUUAUUUUGGAAUUAUUAUUCAUAUCUAAUCCCAGCAAAGCAAUUCAGAUUGAGUAAACUUGCAGAGACUGGUAAAACAGUGUAAAGAAUGUUCUUUCCCUUUUUCCUUCAAUAAGACCAGUGAACAUUUUAACAGCAUCUGUGAUUUAAGAACAGAUGUAUGUAUUUCAAGAACGCAAGAAACUAAUAAACUUUUGCAGUCAU